GCAAUAUUCCUCGUGCUCGAUUAUUCUGUAGUCUGUACUCUGUCUCACCGUUCAAUAAACGUAAAGCGAACGUCAUCAGUAUCAGUCUACCGUCCAUAUUUGCUGCCGCCGUGUAUUUUUUUCCUGUCGGCCCAUUAACGUUUUCAACAGCCGUCGUUGGAUUACAUUUUCAUCGGCGUGUUUGAGUCCGCGGUUGUCGUUUUCUUCGUCUUCUCAAAAUAAUUGAAUAAGUACAAUAAUAAUGAAGGUCCCCAAGGAAGAAUCUAAAGAACAAAAUAAUGACAAUACAUUAAAUGAUGAUGAUAAUUUGAGUAAUCCAUAUGAUACAGAAUCAAAUUCAGAUUCUAUUGAUCCACCAACCAGAGACGGAGAUUUUUCUGAAUAUAUGUGGAUGGAAAAUCAAGAAGAGUUUGAUUUACAGGUUAUGAAAGAAUUAGAAGAAAAAGAAUUGAUGAAAGAAUGUCUUGAAGCUAUGUUAGAUGAUGAACAACAUAAUAGCAAACAGAAUGGCACAGCAAAUGGCGAUGCUCAAACAAAUGGUUCAAGUAGUUCUACCUCAAUGAUAACCCAUAGACUUGAUCAUUUGAGCUUAAAUACAUCUUGCAAUAAUGGUGACCAGCCAAGGCAAUCUACAAGUACUUUAAAUCCAGAUGCAGCUGAAUUUGUACCAUUAGCAACCAGGUCUUUGACUAAUGCUCCUGUAGUAGUAGCAAGUCCUUCAUAAGCGAGAAAUAGAUAUUUUUAACAUGCAACUAUAUAUUAUAAAUAUAUAUAUAUAUAUAAAAUAAAGUAAAUAUUAAUCUAUCAUCACAAAGUAUAAUAUAUUUUCAUAUUAAACAAAACUUAAAUUUUCAAUAAAAUGACUAUAAUGAUUUUUUUUUUUUGUAAAUCUUCAUUAUACUCAUAAUUUUUCACUCAAUUUUAUCAUAAUUUCAAAUUACUGAAUUACACAUAAGAUAAAAAUUGCACUUAUGUUUUGAUCACUAUUGUUAUUUGUAUAACUUGGAUUCAUUAUCGGUUAUAAUGUAACAAUGAAAAGUUAUAGUAUAAUGUUUAUAAAAUGAAAAUAAACAAAAUGACUAACACAAUUCAUAUUUAAAUAUAUUGCCACUUAGUCAACUUGUCGUGUUUUCCAAUCUAUAUUAUCUUUUAUUUUACAAUUAUUAUUUUAGUAUUCACAUUAUAACAUUAAUUUGAUUGUUUAUUAUUAUAUUAUUUUAUUUUUUAACCAACUUUAAAAAUAAUGGUUGAAUAUUGGUUCAAGAUUAAAUAAUUAUUAUGCUUAUGAUAGUUAUUUUACUUUUUGUAGAUGAAUAAUUAAUUUUAUUGGUGGACUAUUAACAAAAAUUGUUGAUUUAUUAAAAAGAAAUUAAAAUUAUUGAUAAUUGGUGUUUAUUUAAUUCUUUUUUUUAUGGUUUUGAUUUAUCUUGCUUUUUCCAAUUGCCUAGGACAUUCUGUUUGAAUUUAUUUUUUAUAAUCAGACAUGAAAAAAUUUCAAUCUAAGAACUUCAGAUGGUUUGAUUGAACAUUUCUUUAGUUUAUAUAUUUUAUACAUAUAUAUACAUAUAGGUAUAUACAUUUUUUAGGGGGGAAAUAUUCCAAUAUUUUCUAUUAAUCCAAGCAAAUCAUUUACUGUUCAUUUUUGUACUCUGAAAUUGUGUUAAAUUACUUUAUUUUGUUUUAAAAACAAUGCCAAAAUAUUAAUAUUUUCAAUUAUAUCAUGUUUUGAUUUUUUUAUUCUUUAGCGAGCCUAAUAAAUAAUUAAUAUUUUAAGUACAAAUAUGUUGUUUACUUAAUAUUAUUUUAUAUAAUAUUUUAAUUAUAUAUUAGUGAUGUGAUAAGUAAUAUUUUUGUACGUCUUAACUCAUUGUAGUCGUUUUAUUAUUAAGAAAUCUGUGUGUAAUGUUUCAUGGCUAAAUUAAAUGAAAUAUGAAUCGUAUAAUGAGUGAUUAUUAUUUAAAUUAGCUUAGAAUUAUUUAUAUUUUAUUUGAUGUAUUGUGUUAGUUACAUUUUUAAUGUUUAUAUGUAAUUAUGAUUUUCAAUAAUAUGGUUUUGGGAAUAUUAAUAUAAUGAUAUUUUGGAUAACUCUCGUCAGACUGAUUGUUACUGUGUUACAUUUACUUUCAAUUUAGAUUUUAUUUCCAAUAAAGUUUAAAAUUUAUAUCUUGAUUUUUAUGUCACCAUUUUGAUACUUCUAAUCUAUUAUAUAUUAGUUGAAUGAGUUAUUUAAUAUGAUUUUACUGUUUUAAUAUAAUUAUAACAAAAUUUUAGUACUUUCUAAAAUAGUAUCUAAUAUGUUUAAAUUGUAGAUAAUAAUUUGAUCCCUAUAGCAAUUUAAUUUCUUAAACGGAUACACUUCUUAGUUCUGACGAGAAUUAUAUCAAAUUGAACAUUACCAUACUGGUAUGUAAUGUAAUUAAAAUAUAAUAAUAUGUGUUUUGAUUGCUAAGUUGAUUAAUUAAUAUUAUUCAUUAUUGUUACCUUAAAUUUAAAUAGUUUAUUCCGUACUAUAAUAUUAAUCUAAAAUAUAAACAUAACACCCAAGUCUAACAUUAUGUAGGCAAAUUUGUAUAAUAUGUAUUUUGUGGGUUAAAUUAGAACUAUUAAGUACAGUGUAAAUCUGAUGUAUUAGACAUUCAAAAUCAUGUUAAUUAAAAAAAAAAAAAAAAUGUUAAAUUUCUAAAAAAUUUUAAAAUUGAGCUAAGUUAUUUGUUAAUCAACUUUUUUUUAGGUAGGUUGAUGUAGUAUACACAAUUUAUGAAUGUAAUAAACUUUGUGAUAAGCCAAGGUA